AACAGCGGCGGCUGCGCUGCCCCGGCCCCGCUCCGAGCGCCACAAACCGGCCCGAGCAGGGGACAGCGCUGGGGGACACCGCUGGGGUCAAAGACACCAUCCUGACAUACAGCAUCAACAACUAAAAGUCUCUCUUCCAAACUUGAAAUGGAAACUCACCUUGUGUCAGAAAGCACAAAAGAGGACGAAAAAAAGCCAAUGAAAAAUCCAUUUAAGCUCCCAACAGACACUGAACUUUUCUCAAUGAGAGACAAGGAAAUUCAGAAGGCACAGGAGGAACGUGAAAAGAGGAAGACCAUGAAAGUCCAUGAGAAAACCACUUACUCCACUAAAAUGAAGGCAAAAAGUGGGUUGAGAAAAGCUUUGAAAAGGGAGGAAGAAGAGGAGAGCAGAAAAGAGGCAACCAGUGAAGAGAGACUGAAAUACCUGCAGGAGAUGCUUUCGCGGAAGUUGGCCAUGAAAAAAGAUUAUAAAUUCGACAGGGAGACUUUCCAUGGCUACCUACAGGACAGAAAACAGAUCUUUUUUCUUGAGCACACCAUUGCAGUGAAGAGAGGGGAGAUUGAAAAGAUGGAGAACAUAACAAAGGAUGAGGAAAGAAAGCUGGAAAAGGCUGAGAGAAGGAUGGAGAAGGACGCUGCCAUGUUUGAUGCCUUCCUGAAGGAGAACCACAAUAACUCUGUUGAAGCACUGAGAAAAGCCAAAAGAGAAACCUCAGCAAAGACGAAGAAAAUAACAGAGAUCCAGGGACUCACAACUGAAAUAAAGAAAAUCCAAAGUGACAUCUCCAGAUUUGAGGACACCCUGCAGGAGUACAAGAUGUACAGGGACAUCCUCUACCAGCUGUCUCCAAAAGAGUGGCAGGAGGAGCACAGAAAAAGGCACAAAAAGGAAAAGGAUAAGGAAAGAGAACCCAGGAAGGAAGGAAGGGCUUCACCUCCCUCCAGCACAGAGCAGGAGCAGGGUCCCAGUGGCCACAGUGUCACUUUCACGGAUAUUCCGAGCUCCCUGCUGUUCUCAGAGAGUUUGGAUUUCAGGGCACGCGAUCUCAGGCCACAGCUUAAACACUUCCUGCAGCCUCUUCUGUCAAGAGACCUAAGUUCACUGGAGGAUGCAGAGAGUGAAGUCAGCUCGGACGAAGAUGAGGAGCCUGAGCUCUACUUCACUGAUCCUGAACAAUUGCUUAAUACUUUCAUGGAGAUGCUGGAUGAGAACUUAUCCUUUGUCCUGAACUCCCAGGAUAUUGCAGAGAGCUGGAACAAGGUCCAGCAGACUUUCAUCAGCACACGUGAAAGCAUGGAGAAGGAGCUGGCAGUGCUAAAAGAGCAGGUGAACACCCUGCGAGCCUCCGUGGCCAAGGAAGAGGAGAAAGUGGCCGAGCUGAAGCUCAAAGUUCAGCUCUUUUCCCCUGCAGAACACGAAGGUGAUGACCAGGACAAAGUGCUCACAAGCCUGAACAAGAAGGUGCAGGAAGUUUAUUUCCAGUGCACUGGAGACAAUGAGGCAAACCUGCCAACAGUAGAGAUGUUAAAGGUCAUAGAAAAACAGCUUAUUGAUUUACUGGACAGCGUGGAGAGAAUCCCAGCAGCAAAGAUAGAAAAAGCUGUGAAAGACAUAAGAAGGGAACAGAGGGCAAGGCUCAGAGAGGAAAAGCAGAAACAAGCAAGGCAUCAGCAGGAUGAAGGAUUGAAAAGGGAUAUGGAAAAAUCACAGGUAUCUGAAGAAAACAAGAACAAGAAAGUGGCCUUCCCUUCCAACCCAUCUGCCAGGAAGAACAGCCAAGGAAAUAGAUAAGAAGGAAGAACAAUUGUAUUAUUUCUCCUGAUGGCACAGCCUUAACCACAGCUUACAGGGCUGAUGCUGUUCUAGAAGUCUUUUCUAGCUCUACAAUCUGUCAGUCUUUGCUCAGCUGAACUUUACUGUCCCAUGAAAUUUCCUUCUCCUACCCUAAGAUUCCAGGGAAAGUUUGCAACCCCUUUUCCCCUCCUUUGGUGUUUUGCCUAUGAAAAUAAAUAAAAAAAUCUCUCAUUUUGCUUCUCAAGCUCCUGCUAAGCACCAGUUCUUUUCUCAUUCAGUUUUUGAUGCCAAUAGCAUUACCUGAGCAGUGAGAUCAAUGACAGUCCUAGGUGACAAUCUUUGUUAAGGCACAGCCAAGGCAGGCACCUCAUAGAUAUUUAUGAUAAUCACAGGUCUUCUGAAGGACUAUAAAAGCCAUUAUAGACUCUACCCCACUAUGGUGGAGAAUACACAACUGAAGGAAAACCACAAUGUCUCUGCAGAAAUCAAGCUGCCAGUAAUUAGCUUUGUGUCAGAUGCAUCCAUGCAAAGAACAAUACCCAGUGACAAAGUGACCAUAAAAAAAAAGCUUUAUUAACCCUUUUGCACCAGCAGUUCUUCAGGUAUCCAUUGCCAGCAAUGGAGCCCUAGCCAAGUGAUCCAAGUUUCUGCCCUCAAGAGGUUAGCACUUUACAUUCACUUACAAAGCUGAGUGAGGUACAUUUUCAGAAGUAGAAAGAUUUGGUUGCAAGUCCCAUAAAAAGAUGGAGUGUUCCUUGGCCAUUUUAAUGGAUUACAAACUGGUAUGGUCCUUGAGAACAGAAUAAUGCAGGCAUUGGGAGCUCGAGGUGUCUCAGCUUCCAGGGAGAGCACGGUGACCCCUCAGCACAAUUCCUCCUCAAUCCUUCCUCCUCUCAGGAGGGGACUCUGUGCUGCAGCCACAGCCACCAGCAGAUCCCAGAUACCAACUGGUUUGAAAACCCAGCUGAGAGGGUUCAGACUUUCCCUGGAUGUAAGCUGUAAACUCAGAGUGGGAGGAACAGAGAGACCUCAAUGCUCAGUUAGGCCUAAGAUAGAAAAAUAAAGCUGGUUCAACCAGAGAUAUAAUACUGCCUACAAAUCAGGAGCUGAAGUUCACUGUAACCUGUAUGCUUGUUUUCCUCCCCAAGUCUGCAAUCAGAAAAGCAUUUAUAUGGACACAUACAUAGUUCAAAAGGCACAGGAAGUAAAAGCAUUUCUGAAUGACCUCAUGUGAAUUUAACAUCAGUAUAACUGUAAAAUAAAUAAAUAUGUGCAAGAUUAAAAAGAUCACAACGUUCUCCUCUGUGACAUAUCUUAUUUUGUAAAAAAAAAAGAAAAUACACAUACGUGCAUACACACACCUCACUGAGAAUAAAAAAAAAGUACAAACAGUCUUUUAUCAAACUCCUAUACAUACUUUUACAGGCAUUCAGAACAUCACCAUAGGAAACAAUUAAAUUACUACCUUAAAAUGUAACCAAAGGUGGUUUAUUUUUCCCUAUACAACCCUAUACUUAUUUAGGUGUCUGCAAUCCAGGUAAGUAGAGUACAUACAACCUCUCCCCCCACCCCCAAGAGAAACUGCAGUUUUUCAGGGGCAACUCUUCCUGGGUAACAACUCUCUCCCCCCAUAAAAUACUCUGACAACUGCAUAUUUUGUAAACCAGCUCCAGGUGCAUCUGACACUCUGGGAUAGCAAUAAAGAACACAUGUUAACAGUGUUCAAUUAAAAAAACAAAAACACCAAAAAACCCUAAAUAAAAAAAGUAGUGACCAGUUCACAGGUAACUUGGCAGCGGUUUAUAGAUGAGAUAAAAAUCAAGGUGCUUAAAUUUACAUGACGGUCAACAUUCCUCCCAAAAAAGGGAACACAAAGAUAAAACAAACCUCUCUCAGAUGCUGUUGGACUCUUAGCAAAUCACUUACAGUGAGUACAGUUCUAUUGCAGUUUUCUUUUUCAAGUUUUGCUGGAAGAAUUCAGCAAAGUAUUUGGGAUGCAGGAGCAAGGAAAGGGAGAAACUCAACAUGAGCUACAAACUGAUUCACAGCUAAGUUAACAUUUAGAAUCUAGCUUUCUAAAACAAAGAUUUUAGAGCAUCUCAUUUUCAUGGCAUAGAACAUUAAUUUUGUUACAUGUGAUACUUUACUCUGGUUUUCUGCCAAACACAGGGCCGAAACAAUCCUUUUCUUUGUGUGUGGAAAACACUUGCAAAAUUUAGCUCUCAUC